CCUGUCCAAUGCUUUCCCUCACAUGUGAUUAGUUGGUGUUCGAGCACCCGAAUCCCUCGAGCAAAUGUACUGAUACCACGUCCCCAGAACGCUCCGGUCGUGACAUGGACAGUUGCUAACAUAUACAUACUCGCGUUUACAUUGAUUCGCCGCGGUUCAGCUCUCAGGGUUCCUUGUCUCCCCUUCCGAUGUAUGCCAGGAACAUGUUGUGCUCAAGUAAGUUUGCUGGGCCCUUGGAGACACCUGCACUAGUCCUAUGCUGGAAAUACACAGCUGUCAAGAGUUUGCGCGACGUUUGGGGCCUUUCAAAGACUUUCAGGGCUGGAGGUACCUCGACGUCGUGCCGCACUCUGCCGCACCCUGUCGCACCAUUGGCCGCGCCCUUGGCGUCCUGACAUUGGCGGUUUUCUGUCGCCCACGCCUGACCUUCGUUAAUGCAGAGCUGCCCGCUAGCACCUUGCCUAUUGUAGUAGCGACUUAACCCGGGCCACAAACCGCGCUACAAAAACGACACUCGUGUUUGGAAACCACGAGGCAGUAUUUUCUGCUUUCAAUUUGCCUCUGAGCAUAGAUUUAAGCAAAAAAUUAGCAUUGCAAAGGCGCGACAGCUUUGUCCCUCGUAGGGACCCGCUCGCUGAGACACAUCGACAAUGGACUCGGCUCAGAGCACCCCCAAAGCGGGCCCCUCGACCAGCCGGAUGAAGCUUUUGCCGAACCUUGGUUCAACUGCAUCAGUGGCGUCGUCCGGGAACCGUAGCUACAAAAACGCGCUCUACUCUGAGGAGGCGACGGACGAGGACUAUGCACAGGCUGCCGUGUUCGGCAUCCAGCCUCAAAAGCCAUUGCGCGAUGGCUCGCUGCAAGGCCAGACGUAUCCGUCGGGCGCUGGGUAUUGGAGGGCGCCAUGGGGCCUUUACAUCGUAUGCGCAUGCGUUGUACUUCUCGUCGGCUUUGGCGGCGGUUUUGGCGCCGGCUGGGCGGCCAAGCCGAGUUACAGCUCGUCCGGUGGCGCAACGUCUGUGACGGUCGACGCCGCGGGCCGCGGCGGCCCCUCCGCCGCCCUCAUCGGCGGCGCCGCCGGCAGCGGCAGCGGCGCCUCGGCCGAAGACCAACCGCUGAUCGACCGCCUGCUGCCGUACGUGCCCUUCGACUGGGAGUCAACCGCCGACAACGACGCCGUACGGCGGUACUACAGCCAGCUGUCCACCAUGCUGCCGGCCAUGCACGUGCUGAGUGUGGUGGUGGCCAGCCUGGGUGGCGGCGGCGGCGGCGGCGGCGGCGGCGGCGGCGGCGGCGGCGGCGGCGGCGCCACGUGGGACGACCCUGUGGUGCUGAGGAGCCACCUGCUUGACACCUACCGCAACAACCAGGACCUGCUGUCGCGCAUCUACAACGUGGCUCAGCGCCUGGCGGCCUCACCGCGUCUGUACGAGCGGCUGGCGGAGAUGAGUGCGGCGCUGGGGCAGGUGUUUGCCGAGAUAGGCCGGAACCAGUUCAAGAUUGGCGGCACCAACACCUCCUCCACCGCCCGCUCCCCCUCCUCGUCCUCCUCCUCCUCCUCUACAACCACCACCACGGCGGGGCAUAGGCGCCUGCUGCUGCAGUCCUCCUCUUCCGCCUCAGGCUCGGGCUCCUCGGACUCCUCAGCAGCGGCGGCGGCGGCGGCGGCGGCGGCGCUGCAGCCGGUCCCCAUGUCGAUCCAGCUGGUCCGCACCUUUGUUUUGCCAGAGAAUGGAGAAGAGGAUGCGCACAACAUUCACGGUCGCCUACCAUACAUCAACCGCUGGUCUCCAAUGUUAUAAUGAUGGAACUUUGUAACUUGAUCGCACACGAAUAGUGCUCUCAUGGCAGUUCUUUAAUGUCGGGCCCGGCCUCGCUCAGUAAGAUGCCUCACUUCAGGAACAUUGCUUCAGGAAUGUCUGCUGUUCGCGAACCAACAUCAUACGAGCUACUUUGUAUAAGUAAACAAUGUGUCCACAGAGAGUGUGGCGUGAAACAAUCAUGUAAGGGCUCACAAUA